ACAUCACACGUCAACGUUUUCCGAAUUGGCUGUAAAAUGUUCAGCCAAGUUUGACACAGAAGUUCCCUAGGCUAUGCCUCGUCCGACGCAACUGGCAAUACGCCAAAGAGUGCUUGCACUCCGACAGGACGGACACAAACAAGCCAACAUUGCUGAUUUCCAGAGGCGCCGCUUGCCAGCAGGCGAGGCAGGCAACUGCUUGGGGCCCCCAGAUUUCCAACAUGUCUGAAACGAGUAGCCAGCAGCCUGUUGACCCCAUCUCUGCAGUUGGAGUCAUCACAUCACUCAAUAAGGCCCCUAAUGGCUUCUAUGUUGUUGCACAAACAACAGAUGGCUCUGACGCCGACCUGUGGAAGGACGCCUUAUUCAAAUCCAAGGUCACUCGCUACCUCUGUUUCACCAGAGAAGCUGGGCCCGACGUUGUUGCGGACAUGAAGCUGACUGACGUUAAGGACGUGUUGCCAGAGGGCUUCACACCUGUGCAAGAAACGAUGGACACAAAGGAAACUGCCAUGAGGAAGAGGAGGCUGUGUGUGAAAAUCAUCCCUCGUGCAGCUGCUGAGGCGGCUGUGUAUGACAUCCAGAUCGUCGCAAAGUCCAAACCCCAUCUUGUUAACUAUACAUGUUUGGGUGAGAUUAACAAUAUGGGCAUAUGGUAUCGAACCGGAGAUGUCGUCCAUCAUCAGACGUCCCAGGAAACGUCCAUCACAGCGAUCCCGGAAACCCUGCCCAACACAGCAAGCAGGAGGACCACGGGCAGGCCGGAUUAUGAGCACCAGAGCAGUGGGAACUACACCAUGACAGCUCUGGAUGAUGUGCCCUUUGUGAUUUCCGAGAAGUUUUCUGGCAAACCCAAAGAGAUACAGCAAGUCAAUUUAAUGGGCAUUACGAUCAAAUCCCUGGCAGAGAUCGAGGAGGAAGUGGAGAGAACACUUGCCCCAGCCUUACCUCUGACUGGGCCGAGUUUAGGAAUGAAGAAUGAUGAUUGCUCAGGGUUAGGGAAGGAAAUCCUGGUAAGCCACUUAGAGCACGUCGUGUUGUCACCAAGAAGUUACGUUGUCACGCCUGCCCGUCUGUCGGUUGGUUGGUUGAAUGGCUGUUUUGCUACAACUUCAGCGCAGAGCGAAGCAUCACGCUGUGACUUUCCCCCCAGCCCUCAAGUUGGCAGAGACACGUGGACUGGAAUAUUACAUGGACAAAUGAUAUCAAUUCAUUUUUUUUAAUAACAAGCUAAGGAAAAAAUUGAGAAAAUCUGAAAGAUUUGGGACAUACCAAAUGUACCAAAUAUGUUAUGUAUAUUAUGUAAUUUUAGACAGUGGAAAAAAAGUAUUUUUGUUUUAACGGCAAAUGUAAAUGAUUCAGUAUUUUGAUAAUAUACAUAUUUGAACAUAAAAUUUCAGAAAUUGUGAAAAAAGUGCCUUUACUGUAUGUGUUUGGUUUUUACACAAAUAGUCUCAAAAUAAUUGUUCAAAAGAGUGUCACUUUAAAAUAAUAAUAAAAUCAUUAAUAUCCCUGUACAGAUUAAAUGAU